UCCGUUAAAUCUUGUGACCACUUCGCGUCCGCUCGUCCUGUCCGGCAUCACGGGAAUCAUCUUGUCAUUUUGGACAAGUCCGACGUCCAGGGAUACUAAGUCGAUGCUUCGAUGUCGAUAGAAGGAUAUAUGACGAACGGGCGAGCAAGGGAACAGCUUGUACAACCUUUAAACGCUAUUUAACACUUCACAGCAGGACUAUAUCCUCCUUUUUUUUCCUCCGGACUUUGAAGUAGGCGCGACUCUGUGGUAAUGUCGGGUCUUUUUUUACGAGAGGAAACUUCUUGAAUGUUUUUUUCCGCUUUUUUUUUUCAAAGUAAGAAUGUCCAUUUCUUGCGGUAGCUCCAUGUAAAGCGUCGCCUUUUUUCUCCCACGUCCAGCUUUUGGCUCAGGGGACUCCAGUAGUGUGCUGCUCGCAUCGAACUUUGUUGUCAAUGGAGCGUCACUUCAGUUUCAUUUCCAUCUGGCUCCAACUGGAACUUUGUGCCAUGGCUGUUCUUCUCACCAAAGGAGAAAUCCGGUGCUACUGCGACGAGGCGCACUGCGUGGCCACGGGCUACAUGUGCAAGUCGGAGUUGAACGCCUGCUUCACCAAGACCCUGGACCCCUUCGGCGCCAACUCCCCCCUGACCCACGGCUGCCUGGACCCCAGCGACGUCUGCGGCGGCCAGAGGGGGGCGGGCCUGCUGGAGUGUUGCCACGACGACAUGUGCAACUACCGAGGCCGGCACGACCUGGUGCAUACCAAGGACUCGGCAGACCAUAGCCGCUACCAGCCGGAGAGCACCAACAAGAACCCGGUGACCCGGGUCCAGGAGCUGGCCUCGGCCAAGGAGGUGUGGUUCCGGGCGGCGGUGAUCGCCGUGCCGAUCGCGGGCGGCCUGAUCCUGGUCCUGCUCAUCAUGCUGGCCCUGAGGAUGCUGCGCAGCGAGAACCAGCGCCUGCAGGACCAGAGGCAGCAGAUGCUGUCCCGGCUCCACUACAGCUUCCACGGACACCACACCAAGAAGGGCCACCUGGCCAAGUUGGACCUGGAGUGCAUGGUGCCCGUCUCGGGCCACGAAAACUGCUGCCUGACCUGCGACAAGAUGCGGCAGGCGGACCCGAGCGGGGACAAGAUCCUGUCCCUGGUCCACUGGGGGAUGUACAGCGGACACGGCAAGCUGGAGUUCGUAUGACUUCAUUCCCGCUUUUCUUUUUCAUGCCAGACUGAUCUCACGCCGUGUGGUUUUUGCCAGAGGAGCACUUUACUUGAAAAAUGAAAAGGCCGAAGGACAGCAAGGAGCCGCGUCCAAAGCCUGAGAACUCCUGGAGGUCCUGGACUUGCUGAAGGAUUCCACUUUGAUUCCAAUUUUGCACAUUUGUAAGAAUAAAGAAGCGUUGUUGCUUGAAACGACAAUUUUACACUGAGCAGGGUACAACAAGGACUUAUUGUACAUGAAAUAUAUAUAUAUAUAUGUUUAAAUAUAUAUAUAUAGUCUGUUUAUUUCUGGUUUUAGUCCAAUGUUCAACUUCUCAAAAGAUGAGAGCGUGAAAGACUUAUUAAAAGUGACUUUUUAUUUAUUUGA